AUGGUAAGCUUUCAUCGCCGGUCGAACAAAAUGACCGCUUCGGACUUCGAUCGGGUUCGGCUCGAGGGGGUCGAACGCACAACUUUUUCGCGCAAACUUUCGGAGACCCAAUCCAACAUCCCACAUCUCGACACCUUCACCAAAAGACAAUUGAAACUUGACGAAUGUACCGAAGCAACAAUGUCAAGCCCAAAGUGCCCUUUCUUGCACUCCGGAAAUGGAACCAACAACAAGGAUUGGUGGCCUGAACAACUCAACUUGAAGAUCCUUUCACAGAACAAUGAGAAGACAAAUCCCAUGCAAAAGAGAUUCGAUUAUUCCAGCGGGUUCCUAUCUUUGGACUUGGAAGCUGUCAAGAAGGACCUUAGGGCUCUCAUGACUGAUUCUCAGCCCUGGUGGCCCGCAGACUAUAAUCAUUACGGACCGUUUUUUAUUCGUAUGGCUUGGCACUCUGCAGGAACCUAUCGUAUACAUGACGGCCGUGGAGGAGCCGGAGCAGGUCAAAUGCGAUUUGCCCCACUGAAUUCGUGGCCCGAUAAUGGCAACCUCGACAAGGCCCGCCGCUUGCUGUGGCCCAUCAAACAAAAGUAUGGAAAGAAGAUUUCUUGGGCUGAUCUUAUUAUCUUGACCGGAAACGUUGCUCUAGAGAGCAUGGGCUUUGAAACAUUCGGCUUUGCUGGUGGGAGAGAAGAUGUCUGGGAGCCCGAAGAUGACGUGAACUGGGGACAAGAAACAACUUGGCUCGGUGAUAACAACCGAUACAAGGAUAAUCGAGAACUAGACAAUCCACUUGGUGCAGUUCAGAUGGGUUUGAUUUACGUCAACCCUGAAGGUCCGAAUAGUAAUCCAGAUCCUGUAGCAUCAGCGAAGGAUAUUCGAGAAACCUUUGGUCGCAUGGCUAUGAAUGACGAAGAGACAGUGGCCCUUGUUGCUGGCGGGCACACAUUUGGCAAGUGUCAUGGUGCUGGAGAUGCUUCGAACGUUGGUCCUGAGCCUGAAGGAGCUCCAAUCGAGCAACAGGGCUUUGGCUGGGCAAACAAGUACAAGACUGGAAAGGGGGGACACACAAUUACCUCUGGACUAGAAGGAGCUUGGACCACGAAUCCAACAAAGUGGGAUAACGGCUAUUUCGACGUCCUAUUUGGCUACGAGUGGAAGCUCACCAAGAGUCCCGCCGGGGCCUUUCAAUGGACACCGAUCGACAAGAGUGCGAGUAAUAAAGUUCCUGAUGCCCACAAUCCUCAAAAGCGCCACCCUCCAAUGAUGCUGACAUCAGACCUAGCGCUCAUCAAGGAUCCCAUUUAUAGACAGAUCUCGGAGCGCUUCCACAAGAACCCAGCCCAGCUCAAGGAAGCUUUUGCAAAAGCAUGGUAUAAGCUGACCCAUCGUGAUAUGGGUCCUUAUGCUCGCUGCCUAGGACCAGAGGUUCCACCACCGCAAAAGUGGCAAGAUCCACUCCCGACGCUUAAAUUCGCACCACUUACUGUAGCAGACCAAGCGCAAUUGAAGGAGAGUAUCUUGAAAAGCGGGCUCUCGCCUUCGCGUCUUGUGGCUACUGCAUGGGCUUCGGCUUCCACCUUUCGACAGACCGACAAACGUGGAGGUGCCAAUGGAGCCAGGAUUCGACUCAAUCCGCAAAAGACUUGGUUAGUCAACGAGCCCGACGAGCUCGCAGAGGCGUUGGUAGUCUUCGAGGGUAUCCAAUCCACAUUCAACGCUACAGGAAAGAAGGUGUCCAUGGCAGAUCUGAUCGUACUUGGUGGAUGCGCAGGUGUUGAGGCCGCUGCAAAGGCUGCAGGCCACGAGGUCAGCGUUCCAUUUACACCUGGAAGAACCGAUGCCACCCAGGAAACGACGGAUACGGAAUCGUUUGCUGUGCUUGAGCCGCUUGUCGAUGGCUUCCGCAACUUUGUCCAUCCAAAAUUAGGAAAAGUCGAGGCUGAGGAACUGUUGGUGGAUAAGGCACAUUUGCUGUCUUUGACUGUUCCUGAAAUGACGGUCUUGGUCGGUGGACUACGGGUUUUGGGCAUUGGAGCCUCGGGUAGCAGUGCGUUCACUGAUCGCGUAGGAGUAUUGACGAACGACUUCUUUGUAAACUUAUUGGACAUGAGAACCAAGUGGUCUCCAGCCGGUGAAAACUUCUUUGAAGGCCGCGACCGAAGCACUGGAGAAUCCACAAUGACUGCCACAGGUGUGGAUCUCAUGUUUGGAUCUCACUCAGUGCUCCGUGCAGUUGCAGAAGUACAUGCCUGUAAAGACUCAGAAGAAGACUUUGUUCAUGCCUUCUGUCUGGCGUUUGCGAAGGUGAUGGACCUUGAUCGAUUUGAUGUGCUGUCAACAAGAGUCCCGUCGAGUCGUUUAUAA